AUGGGUUCGCUAUUUAGAAGUGAGGAAAUGACUUUAUGUCAACUAUUUCUGCAAAGUGAAGCAGCUUAUGCUUGCGUGUCCGAACUUGGUGAACUGGGACUCGUGCAGUUUCGCGACCUGAAUCCAGACGUGAACGCAUUCCACCGGAAGUUCGUCAAUGAAGUCCGUCGAUGCGAUGAAAUGGAGCGCAAGCUUCGAUACCUGGAGAAGGAGAUCCGUCGUGACGGGAUACCCAUGCUGGAGAUCCCGGGGGAGUGCCCCGAGGCGCCCCAGCCUAGGGAGAUGAUCGACCUUGAGGCCACCUUCGAGAAGUUAGAGAACGAACUUCGUGAAGUCAAUCAAAACGCCGAAGCAUUAAAGAGGAACUACCUCGAGCUGACUGAACUCAAACAUAUUCUGAGGAAGACUCAAGUAUUCUUCGAUGAGCACGAGGGUGGUGCCAAUACCACUGAAUCGAUGACGCGUGCGCUGAUUUCCGACGACCCCAACAAACAUAUGGGACACGUCCAACUAGGUUUUCGGGAUAAGCAAGAAUCCUUGGAAUUCCUGCCUUGUUUCGUGGCGGGUGUGAUCCUACGCGAGCGUAUUCCCGCUUUCGAGCGUAUGUUAUGGCGCGCGUGUCGCGGCAACGUCUUCCUGCGGCAGGCGGAGAUUGAUAGCCCACUCGAAGACCCUUCCUCUUCGGACCAGGUGUACAAAUCGGUGUUCAUCAUCUUCUUCCAAGGCGACCAGCUGAAGACGCGCGUCAAGAAGAUAUGCGAGGGUUUCCGCGCGACGCUGUACCCUUGCCCCGAGGCGCCCGCGGACCGCCGCGAGAUGGCCAUGGGGGUUAUGACACGCAUUGAGGACCUUAACACCGUGUUAGGUCAGACGCAGGACCACCGUCACCGCGUGUUGGUCGCCGCGGCUAAGAACAUAAAGAACUGGUUCGUGAAGGUGCGCAAGAUCAAGGCGAUCUACCACACCCUGAACCUGUUCAACCUGGAUGUGACGCAGAAGUGCCUCAUCGCGGAGUGCUGGGUGCCCGCACUCGACCUGGAGACUAUACAACUCGCGCUCAGGAGGGGCACGGAGCGCAGCGGCAGCUCGGUGCCGCCGAUCCUGAACCGCAUGGAGACGAUGGAGAACCCGCCGACGUACAACCGCACCAACAAGAUCACCGCCGCCUUCCAGAACCUCAUCUACGCGUACGGCGUCGCCUCCUACAGGGAGGUCAACCCGGCUCCGUACACGAUAAUAACGUUCCCGUUCCUGUUCGCGGUGAUGUUCGGCGACCUGGGCCACGGCGCCAUCAUGGCUGCAUUCGGCUUCUGGAUGUGCUACAAGGAGAAGCCGCUGCAGGCUAAGAAGAUCGACAGCGAGAUCUGGAACAUCUUCUUCGGCGGGCGGUACAUCAUCCUACUGAUGGGUCUGUUCUCCAUGUACACGGGGCUGAUAUACAACGACAUCUUCUCCAAGAGUCUGAACAUCUUCGGCUCCUCGUGGCGGAACAACUACAACAACGACACGCUGCUCGCCAACAAGCUGCUGCAGCUCAACCCUGACUCCGAGGACUACAUUCAGACACCCUAUCCCUUCGGCAUUGAUCCUGUCUGGCAGCUCGCUGAAUCCAACAAGAUAAUCUUCAUGAACGCGUACAAGAUGAAGAUCUCCAUCAUCAUCGGUGUCUUCCACAUGCUGUUCGGUGUCUGCAUGUCGCUCUGGAACCAUGUGUACUUCAAGCGUCGCAUCAGCAUCUACGUGGAGUUCAUUCCUCAGAUCGUGUUCCUGACGGUGCUGUUCUUCUACAUGGUUCUGCUCAUGUUCAUCAAGUGGACCACCUACGGGCCCACGCCCGGCAAGUUCGGAGACCCCAGUGUGAUCAAGACGUCCGGUUACUGCGCGCCCUCGGUGCUCAUCACCUUCAUCAACAUGAUGCUUUUCAAGCGCGACGAGAACGCGCGUCCGCAGUGCGACGAGUACAUGUUCGCCGGGCAGAUCGGCCUGCAGAAGUUUUUCGUGAUCGUGGCGCUGCUCUGCGUGCCCGUCAUGUUGUUCGGCAAGCCGUACUUUAUUAUGCAGGAGCAGAAGAAACGCGCUCAAAGUCAGCCGCUGCAGAACACGGAGGCGGCGGAGAACGGCGCGGCGGGCGGCGCGGGCGCGGUGCAGCCUGCUCACGGACACGAGAACGAAGAGAUCUCUGAAGUCUUCAUACACCAGGCGAUCCACACGAUCGAGUACGUGCUGGGCAGCGUGUCGCACACCGCCUCCUACCUGCGGCUGUGGGCGCUGUCGCUGGCGCACGCGCAGCUCGCGGAGGUCGCCUGGAACAUGCUGCUCAGGAAAGGUCUGAAGUCGUUCGGGUUCCAGGGCGGCAUCUACCUGUACGUGAUGUUCGCCUGCUGGGCAGCCAUCUCCGUCUCCAUCAUGGUGCUGAUGGAGGGCCUCUCCGCCUUCCUGCACACCCUGCGUCUGCACUGGAUCGAGUUCCAGAGCAAGUUCUACGCGGGCGAGGGAUACCUCUUCCAGCCGUUCUCCUUCGAAGUGCUGCUGGACUCCGCCGGACAGGCCGAGGAGUAACUCCUGCUAAACAUACAAAUAAAUAAAUAAUAUUUACUUCAUGUUCAGUAGAAAAACUUGUAAUUCAACUUUGAUUGUUAGAUAAAAUUCGUCUGCGUGACAAUUUGAUGGCUCCUACGUAAAUUGUCGUAUGUUUAAAACAGACAAUUUAAACGACAUCAAACAUUAAUACUGGUUAUUACAUCUUCAAACUUUAACUAUAGACAAUUAAAAUCUAUUCUUCUUUUAAUAUAGCUUAUAAAUUGAAUCUACGUGGAAAGUAUUUCUAAAGGUUUUUUUUGUUAUUUAUUAUUACAGGGAGCUUUGUCGCGAAGCGACGAUAACGCCCCAUAAAAUCUUCAACAAACAAAACUUAAUUAACUGACUGUUUUCUUAAACAGAUGUCGGCCAACUUAAACACCAUCCCGGCCUCAUUUCUAAAGUUAAUUUAAAAAAAACAAGGUGUGAAUCGCAAUUUGUGGUUUAUGAUAGUGUACGUAGGAACCAUCGUCUUGUUUCUGUUGGUAUUAAAGGAAAUGUUAGAGACAAUUUUCCAGUGCUUUCUCGUCGGCACGCGCGUUAUUUCUUUAUUUUAUGUAUUUAAUAUAUGUAGAUGUUCAAUAAAUCUUAGCUUCUA